ACUCUCUCUGUAUCUAUAUGUGGUAUUCUUUCUUGGUCUGUCUCUUCUGCUCUCACCUCUCUUGUCUCUCUGUGUCUGUGUCUCCCUUAUUGUCAUCAUUUCCAGGUGCAGCCUAGCAGGACAACAGAUGGAGUCACCCAGGGUCCAUCGAGUACUGGCCUGGCAGACCCCAUAGGGUUGGGAGUAACCCUUGCCCCUCGGUAUGGCCAACACUACUGGAGAGCCCGAGGAGGUGAGCGGUGCACUGUCCCUGCCAUCAGCAUCAGCUUAUGUGAAGCUGGUGCUGCUGGGACUGAUUAUGUGUGUGAGCCUGGCAGGCAAUGCCAUCUUGUCUCUGCUGGUGCUCAAGGAGCGUGCCCUGCACAAAGCUCCUUACUACUUUCUGCUGGACCUGUGCCUAGCUGAUGGCAUACGCUCUGCCGUCUGCUUCCCCUUUGUACUGGCUUCUGUGCGGCACGGCUCCUCAUGGACCUUCAGUGCACUCAGCUGUAAGAUUGUGGCCUUUAUGGCCGUGCUCUUUUGCUUCCAUGCAGCCUUCAUGCUGUUCUGCAUCAGCGUCACUCGCUACAUGGCCAUCGCCCACCACCGCUUCUAUGCCAAGCGCAUGACACUCUGGACAUGUGCAGCUGUCAUCUGCAUGGCCUGGACCUUGUCUGUGGCCAUGGCUUUCCCACCUGUCUUCGAUGUGGGCACCUACAAGUUUAUCCGGGAGGAGGACCAAUGCAUCUUUGAGCAUCGCUACUUCAAGGCCAAUGACACACUGGGUUUCAUGCUUAUGUUGGCUGUGCUCAUGGCGGCCACACAUGCUGUCUAUGGCAAGCUGCUCCUCUUCGAGUAUCGUCACCGCAAGAUGAAGCCAGUGCAGAUGGUGCCAGCCAUUAGCCAGAACUGGACAUUCCACGGCCCUGGGGCCACUGGCCAGGCUGCUGCCAACUGGAUCGCCGGCUUUGGCCGUGGGCCCAUGCCACCAACUCUGCUGGGUAUCCGACAGAAUGGGCAUGCAGCCAGCCGACGGCUGCUGGGCAUGGACGAAGUCAAAGGUGAAAAGCAGCUAGGGCGCAUGUUCUAUGCGAUCACAUUGCUCUUUCUGCUCCUCUGGUCACCCUACAUCGUGGCCUGCUACUGGCGAGUGUUUGUGAAAGCCUGCGCUGUGCCCCACCGCUACCUGGCCACUGCUGUUUGGAUGAGCUUCGCCCAGGCUGCCGUCAAUCCGAUUGUCUGCUUCCUGCUCAACAAGGACCUCAAGAAGUGCCUGAGGACUCACGCCCCCUGCUGGGGCACAAGAGGUGCCCCAGCUCCCAGAGAACCCUACUGUGUCAUGUGAAGCAGGAGAGUAGGCAGACAGGCAGGGAAAAAGGUCAUGGCCACCACAUGAUGGGGCCAACAGCAGGGGUGGGGCAGGGCCUUACAUAGGAGCCUUCUUUUCUGAGCUCCAGCCUCAGCCCCUCAAACCACCAUUAACUGAGGCACCUUUGCCAGCACCCUCCCUGGGGUGGAGGACUGAGUGGAGAAAUGGGAAAAAGGCAUUUCUAGUUUUGUGGGGCCUGUCUCUACAACCUCCUUCACUUCUAUGAUCUCUCUCUCUCUCUCUCUCUCUCUCUCUCUCUCUCUCUCUCUCUCUCUCUCUAAUUCAGAAAAAGAAAAAAACUGAAAGUACAGGUUUUUCUACUAGCAGCUGAGGAGGAGACAGGAGACAGGAGACAGGCUUUCUUGCUUUAAUGUCUCUCCUUCUGACAUUGUCCAGAAGGGGAAAUUUUGUCCUGUAAAAUAGAUUUCCAGAUCUCUUAUUGCCCCCUCUGCUCCCAUGCACCCUUCCCUUCCAAGUCCCUUAGCAAGGCCUGGAUGUUUAGGGAAAAUUGAUCCAAGGCUGCUGACAAGCAGGACCAAAGGGGGUGUUGGGUUCUCGGGGAGCAAGGAUGUUUAAUUGCUAUGUUGUGUGCACUGUUGUUUUUUUGUUUUGUUUUUGUUUUUUGGGUUUUGGUUUUUUU